UUUGAGGAGGGGGGCUAUGAUUGAGGCAGCCUGAGCCAAUCAGCCGGCGAGCUCCGUGCCUCCUGAGUCUUAAUUGGCUGGCUUUCCCCCCGGUGAGCGCAGCUGAUACACAGAGCCAGCUGGUUUUAUUAGAGAAUGAUCCGGGGCCACAGUGGGAGAGAGCGAGACAAUCAUAUAGAGGCAUUAAUCAGAGUGUGUGAGUAGCAGCCAGUAAUUACCUUCCAGCGUCUGACGCAAUCAAGAGCCACAGAGGGAGGAAGUCUAUUGACAUUCUUCAGUCUGUUCGCAGGCAAAGAGGUAGCCAGUGCGCGCUUAUCGAAUCCGAGUCGGGGAGAAGGAGCGGAAAGUGUCUCUUUCUUUUGGAGCGGCGCAGCUCAUCCGUCCCUCACAUUUCACCGUGUGGGAGAAAAAGAAACCGAGAAACAACAACAACCAGAUGGACAAGAUGAACCACAGCUCGGCGGAAGCAGAGGCUGAGACCAUAGAACCCCUGCGUUACCUCAGUAAAGGGGAGGCGGCAGCUAUCGAGACGGAGCUACUGAGGGACUACAGGUUUGGAGCACAGCAGCUGAUAGAGAUUUGGGGACAAGCGUGCGCCCUCGCCAUCACUAAGGCCUUCCCUCUCAGCUCUCUAGCGAAGAAGCAGCCAACAGUGCUGGUGAUCUGUGGUCCAGAUCAAAACGGCUCCAUUGGCCUGGUGUGUGCCCGACACCUGCGCAUGUAUGAAUAUGAGCCAACCAUCUACCACCCUCAACGCUCCUCUCAAAGUCUACACCAGGACUUCACGGUUCAGUGUGAGAAGAUGGACAUCCCUUCCCUCUCCUAUCUCCCCACAGAGGUGCAGCUCAUAAACGAUGCCUACAACCUAGUGAUUGAUGCCAUGCUGGGCCCAGAUGCAGACUGUGCCAACAUUAAAGAGCCCUACCCUGGUAUUCUGGUCACCCUGAAGCAAGUCAAGAUCCCCAUUGCCAGUGUGGAUGUGCCCUCAGGUUGGGACGUAGAAGAACCAAGUCAGGAUGGCAUUAACCCAGAAGUUCUCAUCUCACUCACAGCACCAAAGAAGUGCGCCAUAAGUUUCUCGGGGAAGCAUUUCUUGGCUGGACGCUUCCUGCCUUAUGACAUCCAGAAAAAAUACGAGCUUAACCUCCCAGACUACCCCGGCACAGACUGUCUCAUAGAAUUGUAACACAUAAGAGCCAGAGUGAGCACUCCUCAUUUUCAAAAACGUACGGUUGAUCCCUUUUCUUGUUUUGUAUUUUAUAGAUUGUUCAUGUGAUUCAAUGUUUAACAGCUCAGUUGUGUAGAUCAGGCUACACCUUUAGCCCAAUGUGCUGUUGAGCAACAGUAGAAGGAUGAUAUUUAGAAGCUGUGGUUUCAGUCUAGUCUUUUUAGGGAAUGGCAUGAGUUUUUGUGUCAGUCUAACUUGUAAAAGCUGUAGCAUUACACUGUUUACUGAUUACUUUGCAAAAGACAGAAAUUCCUUCAGAGAGAUGAAUUUUCUAUGACGCCACUGGAAUGUUGUAUUUUUUUUCCUUCAAAACUUUUUUUAAUGUUCAUGGUCGGAUGCUUUUAUGUUUUAACUUUCUACUGAAACGUGCUGCUGAGAUGAGACGUUGUGGAGGUUGGCCAUUUAUAACUUUUCUGUUCGAGUGUUUUCUGUUUGUUUGGUCGGCCUGCACUUCUGCAUUACUUUUGUUUCGGUUACUUCAUUAGCUGUUACAAAAGGCCCAGAAAGUUUUUGUUGUCCAAUAAAAAAAACAAAAAACAAAAAAAAAAACCUCUUAAAGGAUUCAGUUUGUGUUUUGCUUUCCUUCACGUAAAGUUGCAGUGAUCAGUAUAUUUUGUAUUAACUUAUAUGACGAUAAAAUGAUUAUGAUAACCAACCAAGAAUCACAGACCAACUGCAGUUUCCAUGGAGCUUUUCAACUUUUUUUUUUUUUUUGGAUCAUUGUCUUGGUUUUCUUGCCCGCAGCUCUGCUCUCAUCAACCACGUGUCCGGCCGCCACAGGCAGCGGUUUUCUGCGAGAAAGGUCCAAUAAAAUCACCUGCUCAGCAAUAACGGUAUUUUUCUGGUGGAGACUAAAACGGAGCUAAAAGCAGAGUGGUGUACAAAAACACGGGUCCAAAUGAAAGCUAUUGUUGAUCCGUGUUUGCUGGAUGUGUAGAUGGGCAACUGUUUGCUAACAUGUUCUCAAUCACCUUUAUAUGGAGAUAAAGUUAUGUUUUUUACGUUCUAAGACUAAAUUAAGGCUUUAAAGCAGGGGUCGGCAACCUUUUUGAAAUUAAGUGCCAUUUUAACAGUUUCUUGUUAAUUAGUGGGCCAUUUCAACAUUAACUUUAGUCAGGACACAUCAAAAUUUAAAUCUCCAACGGAUCUGUAAUCUUAUCUAAAGAAUGCAUUUCUCUCCCAUAAUCAGGACUUAUCAGUAAUUUAUUAUUCAUUUACUUGCCAACCUUCCAAUAAUCUUGUUCAUCAGCAAUAAACUUUAGAAAUUCUGCAAAGAAGACAACAUGUACGAGCCAAUCGGAGGCAGAGUAGGGCGGGUCUUCCCAGCAUGCGGGUGGGCACAAAAAACAGUCAAACUACCGUAAAUUACGUGCCGUUUGUGUCCCGCGUGAAACCAAAGGUUUUGUUCUAUUUUCUUUCCAUGUGUCACUAUGUCACAUGAGAUUCUAUCCGUAGUUAUUGUAACACAAACCGUGAUCUUUUUUCUCAACCUAACCAAGUAGUUUUGGUUCCUAAACCUCGACAACGUUAACCACGCGUUACGUUAUUGUUAAAUUCAAGAUGCAAUACAAAAGGUUGCUCAAGCGGCAAAAUAUGACGAGUAGGGAUGAGAUCACGUUGCUCAUGCAGUUAGUUUUGAGUGUUCUUGGUGAGCGCAUGCCAUUACUUCUGUUUACUGGUUCUCAACUGGAUUUGAUUUGGUAAUGAAAGCCAUAAACAGGUGUGAUCAUCAGACCAUAAUUGGCUGUAGAGGACGGCGGCUCGUUAUUGAGCUCUGGGCUUCGCGCUUCGAUGAGAAUGACUAAGAGACUGCUGUGCUGUUUAUGAAUGAGGUCAUGUGUAUUUGUACGAAGUUUAGGUGCUUCUUCUGAAUACUGAUGCACUAACGCACAUGUGUGAGUGGGUGAAGGGAAGUCAGUGAAAAGGAAUGUUGAUCCGGCGGUAUUAAAUCUGUCAGGAGCAAAGUGACGAGGGUUGUAGAGAUAUGUGUGUGCGCUCAGUGGUCCUGUCUUUCAUGCCUGUCCAAUCCCUGUCAGGAAACAAGGACUUGUCACCGCAUUGUCGCCUGGGCUUUUCACCAGAGACGUUGAGUGAUGAGCUUUAGAGUUGGCGGCGGCCCGUAGGAUUGAACAAUCAUAUCUGACAGCGGAGCUUGUUGUAAUAUCCAUGGGAGAGAUGGAGAGUCUUACAUGGAGAAGAAAUGCGAUCAAAAGACUUAGUGGAGUGAGGCAGAAAGUUUAUUAAAGUGCUUUAUUUGUACAACUCACAAAAGCUCAAAUCUGAACUAUUUACAAUGGCUUUUUCUAAAUGGGUUCCAGCUGUCUGUCUUCGUGGUAAAUAUUAAAGAAAAACUCAUAAUUCCAUGUAAAAACCAAAACAUUCCCUGUUUAAGAUUUCACUUUUGCAUUUUAUUUUUUACUAUUUUACUACUUAAUGUUUUAUUUCUAUCGAGAUAAGUAUGUCUUCAUAACCUAGCGGUGGGCUAUUUGUUAUUCUUAAAUUACCUGCUGCUGGACAAGAACACUUAAUUCUACAGGAAAACAGACAUUACAAAACACAGACAUUAAUACAAUCAAAUAUAGAGAAAAACAAUAUGAACGGGUGAUCACACGUUGCAUGAUCUCUCUCUGAAAAUGGAUUUAACAUGAGUUUUAAAUGAUACUUCGCAAUAACAGUGGUUGAAGAGUAUAAAAGUACUUCAUUAGAAGUACAAAUCCGGCACUAAGUAAAAAUGUACGAAAAGUCUCAACGUUCAAAGUAUUUACUCUGUAUUAAAACGUCUCCUGUGACUGAUAUAUUUGUGGAGGCAUUUUAAACAAGAUGCAUCGGAACCAGUAAAUACAUGUCACGUCAACGUAGAGGAGGAAAAAUAAAAAUGUUUCCUUCCAAAUUGUAGUGGAGUUAAAAUAUAAAGUAAAUGCUCAAGUAAUGUACCUCAAAAUUGUACAGUACUCAGUUAAUGUAAUUGGUUACAUUAACUGGUCCACCAC